AUCUAUUUCCAGACCAGUCCGGCAGGACACAGUGGAGCUUCUACUCAUACCCGCGUAGUCUUGGAGGGAAAAUGGCUAAUCUGCAUUCAGCUCAAGCACCCAAUUGGGGCCUAUUUUAGGAAGAUGAGGUCUUGGUUUGAACAAUCAUGGAAGCGCCUGAAAGCCUGGGAAUCAGCCAAGAUAUUAAUGCCGAGAAUGUGACCGUUGAUCUGGAGGAAACGGAGGCAGACUGGGUGAGAGUGAGAGUGGAGGAAAGCUGGUUUCCUCUCAAGCGCGGGUUUCUUGUGAGGCACAGCGACUACUUCCGAGCUCUCUUUCACUCUGGGAUGAAAGAAAGCCAGGAAGAGGAGCUGUACCUGAGAGGAGGCGUGCACGCCAGAGGUUUCCUCAUUGCCCUUGCUGUGUGCAGGGAAGAGAACCCCGCUAUCAAGGACCCAGACGAGCUCGUUGAAGCCGUCGAGUGCGCUGCCUUCUUGCAGAUCCCCAGUUUGACUCGGCAUCUUUGUGACAUCGUCGACUCCGAUAACUGCCUCUUGCUUUACCACGCAGCUUCCAUCUUCGGAGUGCGCAGGCUGUUUCAGACCGCCGCUCUCUUCCUCUGCGACGCUUUCGACGACCUCAAGGAAGAAGCCGAAAGCACAAUCCCUCAAGAGCUGCUCGAGUACGCGCAAACGCUCUCCCCUGCAAGUUACAUCGCGAUAGGAACUCACACGCCGUCAAUGGAGCUGCUGCAGGACUCUUUCAGGGUCGUUUGCUUCCUUGACGAAAAGGAUGGGGAGUGGAGGCAUCUGACGAACCUGCCGACUGAUUGCAGUACCUCCAUGGCCGGGGUGGCGGUGCUUGAAAAUCGGCUGUACAUCGUUGGAGGGGUCUACGGCUACGGUAAGGACACAGUGGACAGCAGCUUCUGCUACAACCCCGACUCGGGGAUAUGGACAACUCUUCCAGGUCCACAGCAGCCGAGGUACGACUUUACGCUGCUUGGGCACGAGGGGCAGCUGUACGCCAUCGGUGGAGAAGCUCAAAAGAGAAUCAUUUCGACCGCGGAGAGGUACGACGCCGAAAAAGGAGACUGGACCUUUAUACGACAUGCACCCAGGCCCGUAGCGUCCGCAGCUUGUGCCGUUGCCCGUCGGCGGAUGUUCGUUUGCUUUUGGAAACCGCCGGACACGACAGACAUCUAUGAGUACAUGCCACUGAAAGAUGAGUGGAGUCUCACCACCACCAUGACCAGACCUCAAAGCUAUGGCCACUGUAUGGUGGCCCACAGGGACAAUUUGUACGUGAUGAGGAACGGGCCUUGCGAUGACUUCCUGCGCUGCCUGAUGGACUGCUACAACAUCUCGACCGGCCAGUGGACGGCCAUGGCCGGACAUUACAUAAACAGCAAGGGGGCGCUGUUCACUGCGAUGAUAAGGGGGGACUCUGCGUUUACAGUGAAACACAUGUUGACGCUUGAGUACACAGUCGCAGCGGAUGCCUGGAAGCCCCGCAGACAGAUGAAGGGAUUCCCAAAGAGUGGUUCGCUGUUGACUUGUCUGCUCAGGCUCCCCAAGACUGGACCAGUUACACCAAAACUGGAUGUGGAUGAGAGACAAAGAGAAACUGCUUUGCCAGACAUAUCAGAGAGAUUUGUAGACGCUAUGCAGCAGAUAUGAAGUUACUCCAAACAAUGUGAGAGUGAUUAAAAGUCGAAAAGAUGAAAAACUUGAA